AUGGCGACAGCCCUAGUUGGGACUGCCAUCGUCACCGGAGCAAAUGGUUCCCUCGGGUCGGAGAUAGCAAUCGCCAUCGCAAAGGCACAGCCAUUUGUGCAUUUGAUGCUCCUCGCCCGCGAUAUCCGAUCGGACAGCGUGAAGGAUCUGACGUCCCGACUGCGCUUGAUUGGGCCCCGGUCCGUUGAAGUGCUACGGGUCGACCUGGCUAGCUUCAACUCCGUCGUGAGCUUCGCCGAAAACACCGUCGAACGCGUACAGAGUAAAGAGAUACCUCCCGUGACCGUGCUGAUCAACUCCGCUGCUACCUCGUCCUACAUGACGGACCAAACCACACGAGAUGGAUACGAUCCCGUCUACCAGACCAACUGCAUUGCUCCGUUCCUAUUGACCGAGACCUUGCUUGAGGCUUUUCGAGCAGGCGAUGGGACACCCAACGGUGGGGCGAGGGUGAUCAAUAUCGGAUGCUCCUCCAUGUCCAAGGGAUCUCUGGACUACUUCGAGAAACAUCCCACCGCCAGCGAUGCGAAUCAACCCCCAGGAACCCCCAUGAGUGCAAAGGACGGAGCCAUUCGGUAUGGGAGUAGCAAACUGAUAAUGAGCGCCGCAAUGUACGCGCUGCGUCGGAGCUUGGUCCUGACCGGUAACAUGUCCCUCAAUAUAUAUACCCUAGACCCAGGUGGAAUGGUAGGAGAGAGCCAUUUAACAAAUGCCGCCCCGUUAUCAGUUCGAAUGGUACACCAAACCCGGUCUGGACUCGGUCCGUUCCUGCGUAUGUUCUCCAAGAGCGCUGUCAAUAAGACCACCGUACCCGCCAAGGUAAUUGCGAAAGUCGCAUUUCAGCGAGACACGGUGGAGAAUUGGGGCAGGGAACGGUAUUAUAUUUUGAACGGCGAAUACGAAGCCGGAUCAGUCAUUCCGGUGUUGCGAGACUCGCCCCAAAUGGACGAACUGCUCAAGAAGGUAAUGAGACAAGUCGAGAUCGGAGUCAAGGGGAUGGGGUCGCCUCAAUCAAGGAUUUCUCGGUUGACUGCGCGGUGA